UCAAUGACAUUCCUGUGUUUACCGACUAUUUGUCAAUAUGUCAGUAUUUUCUAUAUAAGAAAUGGCGAUGUUAAAAUAAAUAAAAGGAUAUUUAUUCUUCAAAACUUUAGAAGAUGGAUACCAUCACGGGAAGUAGCUGGGAAAAUGACGAUGGAACCAUUUCAAUUGUCAAGACCGAAAUAGAAGACUAUGAUCCAGCUGAUGAGCAUAAUACAGAAAAUGUAGAUGAUGAGAAUUAUAUCAAUCAAUAUGAAGAAGAAGGAAAUGCCACCAACGAGCUAUUCAUACCUAAACAGGAACACCUUGAACCACAGGGUAAUUAUGCAGAAGGGGGAAUGGACGGUUUUCAAAAUGAAUGCAUUGAAAAUAAUUUUCAAGAUACAUCUUCGGCUGUGGGAGAUGCUGAAAACUGGCCCCUCAUUCAGGGAUACACUAUUCCAGAGACAGAAGAACACUUCAUGAACCAACCUGGGACAUCGGACAUAAGCGUCUUCGCUUAUAAACGUGAGGCUGAGUUGUACCCCUGCAACUAUUGUGAUUAUGUUGGGGCCCAUCCGAAAUUACUAACCUCCCAUAUGAACAAUCGUCACAUCAAAUCCGUCGUUUAUCAGUGUCCUCACUGUCCCUACAAUUCAACAAUUUCUCGGAACACCAGAGAUCACAUUCAGUGUAAACAUUGUAAUGAAGACGACGACAAGCCGAUCAUAAAGAGAAAAUGCGAAUUCUGUGAUUACUGCGCCAGCAGUGCUACAGCUCUGAAGAAUCACAUGAACAAGCAUACUAAAGAGGUGAAACAUCAAUGUUCCUUCUGCGAAUUCAAUACUUUGUGGGAGGGGUAUCUGAAGAUGCAUAUUAGGAGGAAACACAGUGAUCAAUCUAUGGAUUCUGGGAGCGCGAAGGAGUAUCCAUGUCAGUAUUGCGACUAUAAAGCUGCAACUCCCAGUACUCUCAAAUUACACACUAAUAAACACACGAGGGAGCAGGAACACCAAUGUCCUUACUGUCCUUACAAAACGGUAUGGACGACAUACAUCAAAUUGCACAUUCAAAACAAGCAUUUCAAAGGGGAGAAGUCUCCACCUAGCAAAGAACAUCCAUGCAGUUUCUGCGACUAUAAAGCGAAAAAUUCCACCUUGUUGAGGCAGCAUAUGAACAAGCAUACCCGGGAGAAGGUGCAUCAGUGUCCCCACUGUCCAUUCAACACGCUUUGGGUCACUUACAUGAAGCUCCACAUCAAAAGGAAACACACCGAGAAUAAUGAGAGUGAAUCGACGGAAAAGAAGGAUUUUCAGUGUCAAUAUUGCACCUACAAAGCUAUCAGUUUGAGUCACCUCAAAAUUCACGAGAACAAACACACGAAGGCGAUCGAAUACAAGUGCAACCAGUGCGAUUUCAAGACGACUUGGUACGGUUACUUGAAGUUCCACAUCAAGAGGAAGCAUUCCGCCAAGUCGGACGUGAAGGAAGAGGAGGCGAAAUCCACUUUCCCCUGCAGCUUCUGCCCCUACAAAGCCAUCAAUCUGAGCACCCUGAAGGUGCAUCAGAACAAACACACCAGAGAGAACAUCUACAACUGCCCGCACUGCGAAUUCAAGACGACGUGGAGGGCGUACAUAAAGAGCCACAUCCAGAGGCACAACGCCGACAAUUUCAAAACCAGGAAGCAGGGGGUAGCGGCGGUCAAAUCCUUCCCUUGUCAGUAUUGCAGCUACGUGGCCACGCAGAUGGGAUCGUUGAAGUUGCACGUCAACUCUAAGCACACCAGGGAGAACAUGCACAAGUGUCCGGAAUGCGAUUACGAAUGCGCAGUCUACGGGAAUCUGAAGAUGCACGUCAGACGGAAGCACGGCUUAAAACCGGACGAGAACGGCAAGUAUCACUGUAAGGAAUGCGAUUUCGUAUCGGAGACGGCUUCGGAGAUCAAGAUACACCUGAACGAGAAGCACGAUCUGAAGAUCGAAGUCGACGAUAUUAAGAAGGAGGACGAGAAAGUGUACUCGUGUCAAUAUUGUUCCUAUACAACCCUCUAUCAGCAGGUUAUGAAAAAACACAUCAACAAACAUACCAGACAGAACGUCAUUAAAUGCCCGCACUGUCCUUAUUCCACAGUUUGGAAUCAUUACAUGAAAGUCCAUAUUAAGAGGCACAAUGAACCUAAAACCUUGACCGGCAGACAAAGAAGCACCAAACCUAAUACAGAUCAAAGUCGACUAUUCCCUUGCCAAUACUGCGACCACAGAAGUUUAUCUUUCAGUAGUCUGAGGGAUCAUAUAAAUUCUGUGCACACUCGUGAAAUUAUACAUAAGUGCCCAUAUUGCGACCAUAAGUGCACUUUGAAAGGUAACCUUAAAGGUCAUAUCCGCAGAAAGCACCCAGCGGAGUUCAUCGAGCAAGAGAAGAGGUAUCAAUGUGAACAUUGCGAUUUCAAAACGUCCGAAAGAAGAAAUCUCAAAAUUCACUUGAAGAAGGAACAUAAUAUCGAUGAUGCUAAGGUUAAAGCGGAGAAUGGAGAGUACAAGUGCCAAUUUUGCGAAUAUAAGGCUAGAAGCCUUUACACUUUGAAAAUUCACCGUCAUAAGCAUACCAAGGAGAACGCUUACCGCUGUCCGCAAUGCGAAUUUGCCACGAAGUGGCCUAAUUAUCUACGGAAGCACAUCAAGCAACACAGUAUUGGAAAGAGUAGAGUUUCCUGUUUAUACUGUGAUUACAAAGGUUGCUCCACGUUCAGACUGAGAAAACACAUUGAAAGUCUUCACAAAACUGACGACUAUUACCCUUGUCCUAAACCGAACUGUCUGUUUAAAACCAUACACUACACCAGUCUUAGAAUGCAUUUAAAAGGUAGCAUACACGCCUCGGGUGUACCCAGAUCGCAUAUGUCUGUUAGUCGUAAUUUUUCGUAUAAAUAUAGACCGAAUGAGGGUAGAUACUUCGCUUGCGAUUACUGCGAUUAUGCGUCGAAAACUCAGGGAAAUUUAGAUAAACAUAUAGAGAAUAAACACGAGAAGAAAGGCAUGAAAUGCGGUUUGUGCAGCUAUAGAACACCUUCGAAAAACUACCUUAGUAGACACUACAAAUUGAGACAUUCAAAUGUAAAAACUGAAGAUUCAGAAACUAUAAAGACAGAACAGGAAAUAAAUGAAGAUGAAAAUAAAACACUAGAAAAUAACAGUGAUAACCAAGAUGAAAACAUCCCCAAACUAGACGCUCCAGAAUUAGACAACAAGAGUGAAAUAUUUUUCACAGAUCAAAACGAGACAACUGCGAACGCAAGUAAUAAUGAGUGUGAGGAGGUCCCAGGCGUACUGAAUCGUUCUAGAAGAAAAAGAAGUUUCAUUCCGUAUUACGUAGAAGAUAGCGACGAGGAAGAAAAUGAGUUUAUCUGUGAAGAUUUUCUCGAAGUUGAGCUAGGGGCAAAUACAGGAACCAAUGAUAAACAGAGCGAUGUUGAAUUAAACAAGAACGAAGACUUGACAAGUGAUAUUACCGAAUCUACUACAUUUGACUCCACAAUGGAUUGUGCUCAAGAUGCCGGAGUUAAUGAGAUCGAAAAUAUUGAAACUAAAGCGCAGGAUGUCCAAGAAACAAUUCUUAUCGCAGAUGAUGUUUCCUCUGAACAAACCAGUACGGGCAAGGUUGAAAGCGUAAACAAAAUUAAUGGUUUCUCAGGAAGAAGUAAAACUUCCAAUUCAAACAUUCAAUCCAGAGUUAUAACAAGAGGUAGGAAAAGAAUAAAUGGAAAGAGAAGAGUUGCAAUAAAAAAAGUGAUAGUCAAGGGGAAUACUAAAGAAAAUAUGUUGGACACAAAAGUGAAUCACAAAGUUGAGACCGUCAACAACCCUUCUCCAAAUGUUGAAGAAGACCCUGUUGUUGAAGGAAUAGAGACGACUGGAAUGAGAGUAACAUGUGAUGAAGAUCAAAGUAAUCAAAUAGAUAACGAGAGUCAUAAUGUUCCUUCAAAAGAAUCUACGACUACUGAAGAUUUACCCGUUGGGGAAACAGUUACAUCUAAAAACAAUCCAGAUGACCGAAAACCUUGUAAUGAGGAUGACAUAAAUCAAACAGAAGUAAAGAGUUGUAGCAAAUCAAUAAAAGAAUCUUUGACCAGAAAUUCUGAUGAAAAAGAUUAAGCACAAGAAGAUUCAGUUUGAAGCUCAAACAAAUACAGUUGGUCUUUUAAAAAAAUGAAGAAUAGUGCAGAUGAAGAAUCUUGAUGAUGAAGUUGAUUAAAGAUUGAAUGAACGAGUUCAAAAAGGCUUAACCUUGUAAAUAUUGGAAAAAGCCCUUACUAUGGAAACGAUUUUUCUUAAAUUAUAUUUGUUUUGUUGCCUGAAUCAUUUUAAAAUCCUUGAACCUUGGCAGCUAUCAAAUCCAAGUGAUAGAAACUUUAUAUUGUGUUUUCAUAGUAAGAUUUUUUACAUUAUUCGGGAUUUUGUGUAAACAUUGAUGGUACAACUAAAGUAUUAUACAGCCAGUUAAAGAAACGUCAAUUAUUAUUUAAUGAUCCAUUAAAAUUUUAAUCCUCCAUUAAACGGCUUAUGUAACCCAAUUAAUGGAGGUUUAAAUAUUUUAAUGGACCAGUAAUUUAUAAUGACAUUCUUGUAACUGGUCUAUAAAUUGCGACUUGACAUAGUGUUGAUAUAAAGCUUUAAUAUCUUUGUAGUUGAGGAGUUCUGCGAUGAAACCAUAAAUGCAAGAACAAAACAAAAAAAGGGCUCAAAUAAUGUCAAAACUUUCAAUUAAACAAAACAGUUUAUCAUCCCUUGGAUUUGUGAUAGCACAAUUGAAUACAAGGAAUUUAAAAAAAUAAGUUUCCAUCGAGAACUUUUUUCGAAUAUUUACUAAUUUGUCUAGCGUUUUCGAACUAGUUGAUUAAGUACAUAAUAAUCAAAUGAAAAUAAUGAAAGCACUCCAAAAAGAUGGGAAAAUGAAAUAAAACGAAAAACUAAUUUUUUUAAAAUAGGAGCUAAUGGUGAAUAAAUUAAUCAUAUUAUUUCAUCAUAAUGAUGAGUUUGAAACAUCCUCUUUUACAGUUGAUGUACAGAGUUAAAAAUAGAAUAGGCGAAUAUUAUAUGAUACAAGUAAGCAUUGAAAUUUUCAAUUCGAUUUUCGAGUAUUAGGAAAAUUGAAGUUGAAAAGUUCAACUCGGUAUAUUUUCCACUAUGUCCAAUUCGAAAAUGGCUAUUACUCAUACCUUGGAAUAUUUAUAAUUGGUUUUCCGAUUAAUAUAUAAUUUUUUCAUAGUUAAAAUUCCCAUACCUAUUCUCAUUUACAAGGAAAAAUACUUGUCUUGUUACAGUUUUAGGAUAUAUGUAUAAGGCUUCUUUUAGUUUGAUCCAAUAUUUCCGUUUCGAAAUUUUAAGCCCUUUAAACAGAUUGAAUGUUGAUUCAGAUUUGAAUCUUUGUGUUGUACAUCUUAAGAAAAUAGAAGAAUUAUGGAGGUAAAAGUUCAUAGGGUGUAUGUGUGACUGUUUUUAUUUAUUAUUUUAUGUACGUUAAAAUAUUUAUAAUUUUUUCUUGGUAAUAUAUUUCCAUAAUUUUUUUUGUCGAAAUGAUUGAUAACUACGCAUUUAUAUUUUAUAGACCUCUAAGAAAUUUAGUAGACUGUGGAAUAUAUGUGUUAGAAGAACAUAUUGAAAUUUUAUUGACUAAAUUAUAUCAAUAAGUCCUGUUUUUUCAAUUACUUUCUUCAAAGAUUACGUUAGACAUAUUUAUUUAUCUAUCGUGUUUGAUGAACAUAUUUCUUACAGGGGUUUCAAGAGUUUUUAUUUACAAAUUAUUUUUUAGUAAUAUACGCCAAACUCUCAAAAUUAAUAUUCAGGAUUUGUUCCAAACAAAUUUAUUUAUUUAUAUGUAGUCUCUGUGUUGUGCAAUAUCUGAAUUGUUUCUUCAAACACUUGCGUCUAUUAACUAUUUUUUUCUGUAUUUUGUGCCGUUAUAAGUUGGAUUCUGAUGUACAUAGUGAAUGAAUGUUUUAAUACUUAUAAGGAUAUACAAUUAAAAUGAUGAAAAAUUA